AUGUGGACGAAUGUGAUAUUUUUGAAUUUUCUUCUUCUUCUUGGAGUGAAUUGUGUCGAGGAGAAGAUGCGAUACGACGGGUACAGGUUGUAUAAAAUCUUCGUGCCGGACACCACUGGGUUGGAGUUGCUGAAAAACAUGCAAGACGAUGACGGUUACAAUUUCUGGGGGCUGCCCCGAAUCAACAAUACCAUGGACGUUAUGAUAUCGCCGGAGAAGCUUCAGGAAUUCAUGAAAGCCGUUAACAAGACGCAACUCGAUCCAGAGCUGAUGAUGGACAAUGUCCAGCAGUAUAUCGAUAAUGAGAAUCCACGAGGAAAUUUGCGGGGAAUGUUCGACUGGCUGGGAUACCAUCGAUUGGACGUGAUUUAUCGUUGGCUAGAUUCUCUGGUUACGCAGCAUUCAGAAAUCGUGAAACCCCUAACAGGCGGUCGCAGCUACGAGGGUAGAAGCAUAAGGGGUGUCAAACUCUCUUACAAAGAGGGCAAUCCUGGUAUAUUCCUCGAAGGCGGAAUACACGCGAGAGAAUGGAUAUCGCCAGCGGUUGUAACGUACAUCCUGAAUGAAUUAAUCCUCAGCGAUGAUCCCCGUGUUCGAUACAUGGCCGAGUCUUACGACUGGUACAUCUUCCCGGUAUUCAACCCGGAUGGUUACGAGUACACGCACACCACGAAUCGACUCUGGCGAAAAACUAGACGACCAACUGGAAGGGGAUGCGUCGGCGCUGAUCCGAACCGGAAUUGGAACUUCCAUUGGGCAGAGGGUGGUACCAGCUCUUAUCCAUGCAGCGAAAUCUAUCCAGGGGACAAGCCGUUCUCUGAAACAGAAACAAGAACCAUGUCAGAAUAUAUAGACAGUAUACACGACAAGAUAUUCGCUUACGUAGCGUUCCAUAGCUACAGUCAAUUGUUGCUCAUCCCUUACGGGCAUUCGAACGAAAGGGUCGAGAACUACAACGAUUUGUUCCGAAUAGGGAACUACUCCAUAAACGUUCUGUCGAAAAGAUACGGGACGAAAUACAAGGUUGGGAACAUCGUCGACGUGAUAUAUGUUGCUUCUGGUGGAUCGAUGGAUUGGGUACGGGGAACGUACAAGACUCCUAUAUCAUUUACAUACGAGCUCCGAGAUACAGGAAGAUACGGUUUUAUUCUGCCAGCAAAUCAAAUUAUACCGACUGCGGAGGAAACGAUGGAUUCUUUGGUCGCCAUGUUUCAGCAAGCUGCAAUACUCGGAUACGGCAAAUCAACGAAGUGA